AUGGGUGGCACGAAGGAGGAGGCGACGUCGUCUCCGUCGGCGGCGUACAUGGAGGUCCUUCGGAACCUCGAUGGCACCAUCGAGACGCCUGGCCAGUACGCUUUGACGGGCGAGCUCUUUGGCAUUGGCCCGCCCAAGCUUGGCGUCGACCGCUCGCAAGGCUACAAGCCGUCGCCGGAUCUGGUGCCGGUCAAGCAGCCCGCGUCGGUCAUCGCCAGCUUUGGCGCUGCGCCGCUCGUCGUGCCCAAGGAGCACAUCUACUUUGUCCAAGGCGAGCACGAGUGGGUGCGCUACCUCAACGGCUGGAUGCUGCACAACGUCACGAGCGUCCUCAAACCCGUUUGCAAGCACAUCACGUUCCAUCUCUCGCAUGUGACGAUCGACGGUCCCGGCGCAUUGCCCGUGCUGACGCCGUCGCAUGUGCCCCGAGGCUCAUUCGGAACAUUGGCGAUUGCGCUGCCGUCGACGUGCGUUCGGCGCAUCACGUUGUCGGGCAACGACGACGCCACUGCGUGGAUGCCCUUUACGGAUAUGACCAUGAGCUUUGCUGCGUGGUACAACGACUGCAGCAUCACCGUAGCACCGAUCGCAACACCGGGACACCGGGCGUACCUUGUGUACAGCUUGGUCAGCAGCGACGGCGAGCCGCAUCGGACGAGCCCGGCAUCGACGUACUCCGCCGCCGGCGAGCUCGCGGCCCUCGCUGCCCAACCCCACCAGCUCGACACGACGUAUGCGUACCGGCUCUUCAACAAGACCAUCGAUUUGCGGUUCGAGGCGCUUCAAGGUCGGGAUGCUGCGUUUCUCAAGGCACUGGUCGCCGCUGGGACGUUUGAUGUCGCGCUCGUCCGGGCGCCUCGGCGCAAGCUCACGCGCGCCGACCUGCACACGCACGAGUGCAACACGAGGCCGCGCGAAGACUUUGGCCGACGACCCAAAGUAGCGACCGCACCAAAGCGGACGAAGCUACCUUCCGAGGAGCGCACGCCGCACGGCUACGACGAGAUUGGCAUCAAGCACUUGGAUGCAGACCUCGACGACCAUGACGAUCCAGACACGGACGCGUCGGACGCCGGCGACUGCAGCGACGACGACAUGUUCUACCAGGACGUCGAGGAAGGGCAGCCACGAUCCAAGACGAAAAAAGAUGCGUUCCACGAAGACCGUCUGUACUUUGUGGACAACGCCGUCGACACGAGCUUUCCCGAUGCUACCAAAUUGAAGAAGAAGAAGAAGAAGAAGGCGGGCACGAAGCGCCGCCGCGACGAAGCAGACUUCGACGACGACGACUAUUCUCAGGCAGUAAGGCGUUGGCGGUAUUACAGUGACGCUGAUGCCGACGACGACGACGACGACGACGACGACGACGACGACGACGACGACGACGACGACGGAACCGUCGACGCGUAUGAAUUCGUCCCCGACAACAACGAGUACAAUAACGAGUACGACGACGAGUACGACGAAGCGUACUGCCGGUACACGCCGUAUGCCACCCGCAACACGGCAGACGACGGCAACGAAAGCGAUGUCGGUGUCAACGCGGCGUAUCGACGCAUGCGUGAAGACUACAUGUAUGACAGUCAUUGCGGCUGCGACAAGAUCCGCACACGCAAGCCGUGGCGCCGCAUCACCGAAGCGCUCCUGCACCCAACGUCGUCGGAUGCCAUACAAGCUGCGCUCCUCCAUCGGUCGGUCGGGCGCUGGGUCACACGGCGCGGUCUCCGGCGACUGCGCUCCGUCCUCCUCGUGUUUUGGCCCAAGCGCCACCGAGCGCGUAUCGUUGGACUUGAUGCCGCCGCCGCUGCUCUCGAGAAGGACGAGCCAAGUCAGCUUGGCUUUGCAACGACCGACGACGCCGCCGCCAGCCUCAUCGACGCGAUCGGUGCCCCGGGCGUGCGCUUCACCGACGCCCACGUGGCCGCGGUCGGCGCGUAUCUGCUGCGCCACCCGUCACCGGAUUUGGUGGCGGGCUUUCUACCAUUUAGCUUUACGAUGCGCAAACGAACGUCCCGUCGCCGCGGUCUCUACUGGUUCCAAGCCGCCAUCGCUACGUACGGUGUCGCUGCGAUCGCCAGUAAAGUGGUCGCUCUCUGCACGCCCAAGCACAAGGGCAUCUACUUCCUUGGCAAAACCAUCCUUUGGAUGCGCCGGCUUUUCAUCUCCAGCGCAGCGCACACCGCGCAAGACGGCUUUGGCCCGCUCCUCGUCCAGUGCUGGCAGACCAUUGCGAUGCAGCUCGCGGCCAUUCCGUCGCUCGAUGCGUACCCGUAUGUCAUGCCGGACCGCCUGCACGCACCGAUGCUCCAAGCGGCGCUCGAGCUCGAGGCGGCGGCCACCGCGAUUUCCUCGCAGCCCUUUCCGACCACUGUGUAUGCCUUCACAACGACUGUCUACAAGGAAGACGUGCUCGUCACCAUCGUCCUCCCGGCGGUUCUCAAAGCGUCGCCGACAUCGGUUGCGACACCGUUCGUUCCUCGGCUGCAGCGAAAUCUCCCGAGUCUUUACGACGCGCUCACCAAGUCAACUGGAAUGAUGGGCUGUUGGCGGAUCCUUCGCUUUCAUGCACGGUACGGUGACGUCCUCGCGGUCUACAAGGAGGGGGCGGUGCUUCCCGAAGCCGACUACGACGUCAUAUGCACCCUCCUGUAUGCUCUGCGCAGCAGCGGCAUGGCGCUGUCGGACGCCGACGCCACCGCGAUCGCCGACGAUGUCCUUACCCGGACGCGGGAUGUGGUCGUCGCAACGGUGGCGCGGCAAUCCAAUGCCCGUGGGAACCCACUGCUUGUCAUGGCGCUCGUGUGGAAGGUACCGCAAGCACUCGCGGCCUGCCACUUGCUCUCGCCUCAAUACGUCACCCGCCUACUCAAUGCUGUCACCGACGUUGUCCUCGCGGCCCCCGAUGGGCUCUACUACGUCCGCCGCGUCCUCUACCCGCUCCUCCGAUACCUCGACGUGAUCUUGACCAUGUACACGGCGCAGCGCGACCAGCUCGCGACGAGUAUACGAAAUGUGCUUCAAGGCGCCUUGGAUGUCACGGAAGUCGCGUCGCCGGUGCAGCUUCGAGGAUUGUGCGGCUGCGCCGAGUGCACGGCGAUGACGGGUCAUCUCGCCGACCAAGGGGCACUCCGGAGUCUGAGUGAGGUCGUGCCAGCGACCUGCGUCGGGCUUCGCGCCGCCAUUUCGAAGUUACCACGCUAUCAUCCACGCGUGACGCUGACGCUGCUUGGACCGACGACGGCUGGUCUCCGUAUCUGGACGCAAGCAGGUGCCCAAGCACAGCGCCAGCGGGACGAAGCCAUGGUGGGCUACCUGGCUGGGGCGCGCGCGGCGCCAAUGCGAGCCGAGGCAGACGACGCCAUCGCAGCGCUGGAAGCGGCGCUGCCUCUUUUGCCGACGACACCACCGGUGGUCCGAUCAUAUCAUAACUGGAACCGCGGUACCAACUACGGCUACGGCGGCAUCUACUACGAAGACUCUGGUGGCACCUACUUUGACUAUUUGGGCGAUCAGGACUACCAGUACGACUAUUAG